UGGACGCGGCAUGUUGCCCUGGACCCCCCGGCGGUGUGGCGCGGGCAAGGAGCAGGUGCCCGAGGAACAAGGCCCCUCGGCAGGCAGCGACCCCGGCCAGGCCUGGGACUCUGGAGAGGAAGCCCUGCGGGAGCCAAGAACAACCCCACAGGACAGUCCUCAGCCCUGGUCUCGAAGGCCUUCCUGGACCCGGAAAGAACAGCUGCUGCCUCGGCCGCCCCUAGGCCUGGCUGCCGAGAGGUCCCCGGGAGUCCCAGUUCCCCUUUCCCCUCAGAUGACCCGGGAGGUGGCCCCGUCAAGGAUGACCCUGCUGGCGCCAUGGGACCCCAACUGUGAGGCUAAACCGGGACCUCGGCUGGUGUGGGGGCUCAGCCGGGAGUCAGGCACCUUCUCAGGCCAGACCUUGCGCCAUCCCUCUUUCUGCCUUCUGUACGAGGCAGCCUCAGGCGGAGGCCUCAGGCCCAGUCGAGAAGGACGUCAGAGUGGAGAGCAGGCACCCAGGGAUGCAGGGUUCCCGGUGAUGUGCUGUGAAGAUGUCUUUCUUUCCGACCCUCUGCUGCCCUGUGGGCAGCGUGUGCCCCUGUACCUGUCUCAGGCCCGUCAGCAGGUGAUGGGCUCGCGGAAGCCGCCGCUCCCACCCCCAGGCAUGUCCCCCAGGGUCCUCCCCACCCCGCCCUCUGGCUGCUCCAUCGCCUGGCUCAGUGGGCCUGAGCUGAUCGCCCUCACUGGCCUCCUGCAGAUGAGCCAGGGGGAGCCAAGACCCAGCUCCCCGGGGGCUCCCAUGCCCCCUGCUGGCCCCCCAGACCCUGCCUCUGACCACCCAGGUGCCAGUGGUGGCCAGAGCUGUUCUCACUGCACGGACCCUUCUCUCCCACGGGCCCCAGACAGCCAAGGUCCAUAGCCCCUCUGGUAGAGAGUGGGUCCGCUACUUCCCCAGGCAGGUUCUGUUGACAAUAAAACAGUGUUGGUUUGCAAACAGGCUC